AUGACUUCAAACGAUAACAAUCACCAUAUCAAUGGUAGUAUUAUACCCAAUUGUCCUACUCCCAACAACUUCGAAGAUAAAAUGCCAUCGUCAAAAGAAUCACACGAUAGGAGCGACAGCAACAGAAAUAGCGAUAAAGUACCAAAAGGAUUGAUGUCUACACCUUCUUCAGUACAUAUCAAUGUACAUGAACCAAUGGAGUAUUUUGGGCCUCACUUACCUUCCAACCAUAACCACCACAACCACAACCACAACCACAACAACAACAACAACAACAACAACAAUAACAAAUCAAGUACUUCCACUGUCAACUCUACAACAGCAACAACUCCUUCAUCUUCAUCUACUUCUCAACCUUUGUCUCCACCAUUGUCACCAUACCAAAGAAACGCUGAAUUGAAUCCAUUGAAUAAGCCAGUUCAUUUACCACAAUUGAUCAAUAACCAGACCAAGAAUGAAGUGGAGGAAAAACAGGAGGCACAACAACCAAUACAGCAAGCACAACCAAAGCCAUCGUUUCUCAACAAUGGCAAGGAAUUCAAGUUGGAAAACUUCAAGGACUAUAUUCUCACCGUCAACAUCAAACCAACCAAGAAGUACUAUAAUCAUCAAUUUGAAUUCUUGGACAAGUAUACAACCAAUGCAUCAAUUGAAAACAAAAACUACAUUGCAUCCUUACCAACUCGCAAGUACAAGAAGAGAUUCAAUUAUGACUCAAAUGACGAAUUAACAGAAGACAACAACAACAACACCACAGCAACAACUAGAGGAACACGUACCAGAAGGGUGCCUAAAUCCUAUGAAGAUAGUGAUUUCGACUCUUCAUCAGUAUUACCAUCGCCGUCACCUAAGAAGAGGCGCAGACCAAAUGCGCCAACCAACACCAAUAGCGGCAGCAGCACUCCAAUUCCAAUUGCAGUACAACAACAAAUGCUAAUUGACGAAUCAAUACCGGACUUUUCGCCCGAUGCAUCCACUACAUUGCCACCCAACAACUCCAAAUGUCUUAAGAUUGAAUGGAAGGGCCAACCCAUGGAUUUAUCUCAAGAUCCAAAUUUGUCGAAAUACCCCAACUUGCACCCUGGGGAAAUUGUCCUUGCUAGCAUAUUGCGAUUACCAAUUGCUGUAUACAUGGAUUCUAAAAGACGAUUCUUUUUUGAAAAAGUCAACAAGAUUAAACUGGGCAAGACUUUUAGGAGAACUGAUGCACAAAAGGCAUGUAGAAUUGAUGUCAAUAAGGCAUCGAGGUUGUAUGCUGCAUUUGAAAAAGUUGGAUGGUUGGAAGAUGACUUGUUUGAAAAGUAUCUUUAA